CAAAGUUUAAAUAAAAUAAAAUUAAAUAAGUAUUGUUACAAUAUAGUAUAAUAUCUGGUAAAAUUGGUAUAGUGUAUGGUAUUGCACUUCACCUGUGAAUGCUUUAAACUGCUUCUCUACAUAGGACCGUGUUAUUCCAUCCAGGGGCGGACUGACCAUGUGGAAACUCGGGCACUGACCAAGGGCCCGGUGUCAGUAGGGGGCCCCAUGAGAUGCCCCUGGUACCUUUUUCAUAGGCUUUUUUGAGUUUGGGCAAGGACACAGGGGCCCUAUGAUCCCCUAUUGCCUGGGGGCCCCAUGAGUUGUCAGUCCGCCCCUG